AUGAGCACAUCAAACACCAUCCUUAUGCCUACCGACUUUUCUGACUCGGCUACAAAGACCUUUGCUUGGGCUGCAAAGUUCAUUGUGCAGAAUGGCGAUAAAGUUGUUUUGCUCCAUACCCUGGAAGAACUUCAUGCUGACGAUAACCUUGCGACCUCUGCUAAUCAGCAAUUAUAUCAGGGUGCCGAGCGUAAGCUGAACGAAUGGGCCGAUCAGCUCCGUCUCCAACUUGGCGGUAAGACUGCUACCAUCGAAACCAAGGUUAGCUUUGGGUCUGCCGGUGUUGCUGUCUGCCAAAAAGCCGAAAAGAUCAAGGCUGAUCUGGUUGUUGUUGGAAUGCAUGGCCAGACAGAUCAAAAGAGUCUGGUCUUGGGUCCUGUUGCUACUUAUCUCUCCGAGUAUUUGACUCAAUGCCCUCUAUUCAUUGUCAAGGACAAGGCCGUUGAUGUCUGA